UUGUCAUCCCAUUGCCAGCUGGACAAGUCAGUCUUUGCUUUCCCCGUGACAUGUAGUUGAGUUGCAGCGGAAAGGAAAUGUGUCAUCUGUGGUUUGGUUUUAAGAGUGGAAAGCUAGCUGUACAUAUCCUCUUUAAAAAACCCUGCAGAUUUAAGUUUCACAGUCUCCAAAGUAUUCUACUUAAAAUAAGAAGAGCAGAACUGAGGUGGCUUACGAAGUGACGGCUGGGCGAGCUCUGAAGAUAGCAGUGGACCUGUAGGUAUGGAGCACAAAGGACAGUACCUGCAUCUUGUUUUCCUGAUGACAACAGUGUGGGCCUCGUCGUCUUCUGGAACAAGACCAAACUACACACACCUGUGGGCUAGCAGUGUCACUGCCUCAGGUUCCAGUAAUCAGAAUGGCUCCAGCAGACAUCCGAGUGACAAUAACACAAACCUUGUCACUCCUGCCGUGGGUCACAAGAAGCCGUCUCAGUGCGCUGGAGACCACCGUUAAUCCGCACUGAAACACCCCUUUGCUCUCUCAGCCAAAUCACCAACAUGUCCUGUUAGAACAAGAAUUUACAUUCUGCGAAAGAAGUUCACAGGAGAAAACAUCUGAAAUGGAAUUCAAGUAUCUGGUCUUCAUUGUGCUUUGUCAAUACCUGGACAAUACGUUUUUCUCAGAGACAGAAGCAAUUACAACAGAGCAGCAAUCACUGUCUACUUUAAUCACACCGUCGUUAUAUGUUACAACUGAUUCUCAAAACACAGCAGGGAAUGCUUUGAGUCAGACAACAAGAUUCAAGAACAUUUCUUCUGGACAGCAAGCAUCACCUGCCCAAAUCACUCCUGAACAAGCAACACCAGCUGUUUAUGUCUCUUCAAGCCCACUUACUUAUAACAUUACCAGACAAGCAGAAUCAGCGGUCAACAACUCCUUGCCUCAAACAUCACCAUCUGGGUUCACUUUGACCAAUCAGCCAUCACCUUCUACCUAUAAUUCUACUGGACAACCACCAAAACAUCUUGUCUAUACUUCCACACAACAGCCACCAUCACCUGCUCCUACCUCUUCUGGAAAACCAGAAGUAGAGUCUACUCAUAAUCAGCCCACAAAAUCAACACCAACUAUUUAUUUACAAAGGGACACACCACCACCACCACCACCACCACUCACUUCAGAACCACCAAGUGGCAAAGGAACUGCUCAUAAAAACAACCACAAUGCAAUUGCUGCCAUAUUAAUCGGUACUAUUAUAAUUUCUAUGUUGGUAGCUAUACUCAUGAUUAUACUGUGGAAAUACUUGAGGAAGCCAGUCUUAAAUGAUCAAAACUGGGCAGGUAGGUCUCCAUUUGCUGAUGGAGAAACACCAGAAAUGUGUAUGGAUAACAUCAGAGAGAGUGAGGCAUCCACAAAGCGUGCAUCAGUUGUCUCACUUAUGACCUGGAAACCAAGUAAAAGCACACUGCUAGCAGAUGAUUUAGAAGUUAAGUUGUUUGAAUCAAGUGAACACAUUAAUGAUACCAGCAACCUCAAGACUGAUAAUGUAGAAGUUCAAAUAAAUGGCUUAUCAGAAGACAGUGCUGAUGGGUCAACAGUUGGUACAGCCGUGUCUUCAGAUGAUGCAGAUCUGGCCCUGCCACCUCCCCUUCUUGAUUUGGAUGAGAACCUACCAAACAAGCCCACAGUGACAGUUGUAUCUCCUUUACCAAAUGAUUCUAUCAAUCCCCAACCAUCUCCAGAUGGUCUAAAUCAAGUGUGUGAAGAACAGCAUUCCAAGAUCCAAGAGCCAUUCCCGCCACCCCCUGACUCAUUUAAUGUGCCUCUGUCAGCAGGAGAUUUUAUAAACAAUCAAGAGUCGGCCCACGAGGCUCAAUGCCAGGAGUUCUCUACUCCUGACCUCCAUCCAGACCUCACAGACUCCCUGCCACCUCCACCUACAGAGCUGCUGUAAAGUGACAGCUGGCUUUCUAGACUGCCCUCCAUCCUGAGAUGGCACCGACACGUUCCUGUCUUCGUGGUAUGGCACACAGGACAUGACACCUGGCACCUGAGAGACUCUUUAGGGACUACCUGACCCCUGACUGAAGCCCACGUACACGGGUAGAUUAUUACAGUGGUAUGCUUACCAGCUACAGAAGUAAUUUUUAAAUCAGAGUGCCUUUUAUAUAUGUUAAUGAUAGAUAUUUCAAUAACUUAAUCACUUUGGAAACAUAUGAUCUACAUAUACUUAUUAUUACCCAAUAGAUUUCCCCCGAAAAGCUGUAUAUAAACAUAUCUUAAAUAAAUAAAAUUCUAUUUUUUCCACCUCAAAAUUUGGGGUAUAAUAAAAAUGGAAAUUUUUAAAUGGUCAAAGUUUUAAUACUUCAAAUAUUAAGUAAAUAUUUUCAUUUAUAGAGAUUAAACACACAGCUACCAAACUGUAUUAAAACAUGAAGUCUGAGUGCUGUGUUUGGGAUACAUUUACCCUGAAAAAGUGAGCACUUACCAUAAAAUUUUCUUUUUUCUUUAUAAUUAAAAAUUUUAUGUAUAUAAGAGUUUUGCCUGAAUAUGUGUGUAUAUAUUCAUAUAGUCACACACACACACAUAUAUAUAAGACAGAAGAUGGCACUACUAACAUUUGCCAAUGCCCCGUGAGUCCUGGAACUGACUCCAAGUCCUCUGUAAGUGCUCUUAACCACCGAGCCCCUGCAACUCCGUUCUUCCCCUCCUCUUCCUCCUCCUCCUCUUCCUCCUCCUCUUCCUCUUCAAAUGUUUGGGGCGUGGGGGUGGAGGUCAAAGAGAUAGGCUGUAUUUGGGGUUAGAAGAUGACUUGUGGGAGUUGAUUUUUUUCUUCCACCUCAAGGAUAAAAUUCAGAACUCAAGUCAUGAGACCUGACAGCAAGCAACCUUUAUCCUCUAAGCCCAUCUCACUGCCCCCAAAAUGUAAACAUUUUUCUAAAAUGUUAGGGAAGCAUAAACUAACCACUUAGACAAAAAUCAAAUGAUAUGGAAGACGGGAGAAAAAAAUAGAAGUGGGCUGUAUCUGUGUGUCUCUUCCCACACAUGCAUGAUACCAGCCUGUGUGAGGGUGUCUGUGGAGACCACAGAGGAUACCAGCCAUCCUGGAACUGAAGUCCCAGGAAGUUAUGAGCUGCUGUCUAACACGGGUACUGGGAACUGAACUUGGGUCCUAUAGGACAGCAGCAAGUUCUCUAAAGUACUGACCCAUCACUGCAGCCCCAGCCUCCUUUUGUAAAUGCAGGAAUGUAAUCAUCACCUGAAGGUUGUUGAGUAUGAGGCACUCAGAACAGAAGUGGGCACAACUUUUGUUAAAGUGGAGGCGGCAGUGGGUACUGGCCUACCUUUUGCAGAUGUCAAAUGUUCAUCUGCCCAACAAGCCAUCCUUCUCUUAUUAUUAUUACAAGUCCAAGAAAGGACAGUUGCUUAGAGCACAGAUUUUGGCACUUUUCAAGAUAGUAUAUAGUAUUUAUUGGUAACAUUAAUGUUCAAAUACUAAAAAUCCCAUGUAGAAUAAAAACAAGAAGGUUCUCGGGCAGUGGAGUUUUACUACUACUGCUACUAUUACUACUACAUACUACUACUAUUAUUUAGUAUAUAAUUAUCAAUAAACAAUUAUUAUACAUAUUAUAAAUACAUGUAAAUUUAUUAUUGUUGUUGUUUGUGUUCUGAGACAGGAGUCCUCUGGUAGCCCUGGCUGUCCUGGCACUCUCUCUCUAUAGACCCACUGUCCUCAAACUCACAGAUACACCUGCCUCUGUCUCCCAAUCUUUGUGAUUAACGGUGUGACCUUUAAACACCUUAAAAGACACUGGGCUUAAGUGUUAUUUUACAUACAAUACUUACCUUACUUCUUACAAGCCACCUCUUACUGAUAACACUUUUUUUAUCUACAGAAACACCUACUUCAAGCAUGAUGGCGUUUCAUUUUAUUACAUUGGUUCUUUUCUGUCAUUCACAAUAAAAUUUCUCACGUGUCUUC